AGCGCCUCGCUUUACGUGCGGCGCGGCGGCGGCGGCGGCGACGGCGGCCCGCGUCUCCCCCUCCUGCGGCGCGCGGGGCCGGGUCCCCGCACGGUGUCCAGCUGCGCCCCAGCCCGGCCGGUGCCACCGCCUCCGCCAUGCCCCCCAAGAAGCAGGCGCAGGCCGGGGGCAGCAAGAAAGCGGAGCAGAAGAAGAAGGAGAAGAUCAUCGAGGACAAGACUUUUGGUCUAAAGAACAAGAAGGGAGCAAAGCAGCAGAAGUUUAUCAAGGCUGUCACUCAUCAGGUUAAGUUCGGUCAGCAGAAUCCACGCCAGGUAGCACAGAGUGAAGCUGAAAAGAAAUUAAAGAAAGAUGACAAGAAGAAAGAAUUGCAAGAGCUAAAUGAGCUGUUCAAACCUGUAGUUGCUGCUCAAAAAAUAAGUAAAGGUGCCGACCCCAAGUCUGUGGUGUGCGCCUUCUUCAAGCAAGGGCAGUGCACCAAGGGGGACAAGUGCAAGUUCUCCCACGACCUCACCCUGGAGAGGAAGGGCGAGAAGCGCAGUGUGUACAUCGAUGCCAGAGAUGAAGAGCUUGAGAAAGAUACCAUGGAGAACUGGGAUGAGAAAAAGCUGGAAGAAGUGGUGAACAAGAAGCACGGUGAGGCGGAAAAGAAAAAGCCCAAAACGCAAAUAGUGUGCAAGCAUUUCCUUGACGCUAUCGAAAACAACAAAUAUGGCUGGUUCUGGGUGUGCCCCGGAGGGGGCGAUAAUUGUAUGUAUCGCCAUGCACUUCCUCCUGGAUUCGUGUUGAAAAAAGAUAAAAAGAAAGAAGAGAAAGAAGAUGAAAUUUCAUUAGAAGAUCUCAUUGAAAGAGAGCGCGCCGCCCUGGGUCCAAACGUCACCAAGAUCACGCUAGAGUCUUUCCUCGCCUGGAAGAAGAGGAAGAGACAAGAGAAGAUUGACAAGCUGGAGCAGGACAUGGAGCGAAGGAAAGCCGACUUCAAGGCGGGGAAGGCCUUGGUGAUCAGUGGUCGCGAGGUGUUUGAAUUCCGGCCUGAGCUGGUUGACGAUGACGACGAGGAAGCAGACGAUACCCGCUACACGCAGGCAGCAGGCGGGGAUGAGGUGGAUGACUCCGUGAGCGUCAAUGACAUAGAUCUAAGCCUGUACAUCCCGAGAGAUGUGGAGGAGACGGGCAUCACCGUGGCCAGUUUGGAGCGAUUCAGCACGUACUCGUCCGACAAGGAUGAAAACAAACUGAGCGAAGCCUCUGGCGGCCAGGCUGAGAACGGCGAGAGGAGCGACGCGGAGGAGGACCUCGGCGGGGAGGGCCAGGAGAACGGCGUCUGCGUGGCGGUGCCCGUGGACGAGAACCUCUUCACCGGGGAGGACCUGGACGAGCUGGAGGAGGAGCUGAGCACGCUGGACCUGGAGGAGUGACCGCCGCCCGCGGACUCCGCCCGCCCAGCAUGAGUUCAAACGGACCACAUCCAUUCCUUCCACCGGGAGUCUGGGUGUCCGCCCCGCCUGCUCUCCAGGGCUCGCGGCCUCCAGGAGACUCCUCCCUCGUCUUCCCUCCGCGGCUCAGCCCCAGGAGUGCAGGUAGCGAGGGCGGUCCUCGGGACAGAGGCCGUCCUGGUCACUGCACUCGGGGCGUUGUCCUGCUCCCGCGUCCGCUGUCCUUGGCAUGUGUCACUGCAGGACACGGUGCAGGGAGGCCCUUUAUUUAAUGCCGUCUCGUGGUUCUGUCCUCUUGUGUUUAUGUGUUAAGACCGCCUGGAGCCUGCGCUGUGCCGACUCCUGCGGCAGCGGCAGCGCAGACUCCGUGGUGUGUUUGGACAAGUAGGUGGACCUUUAACGUGAAACUUCUUUAACCUGACCCGCCAGCUGCAGUGCCCCGUGGUGAACUGUUCUCGUCGUCUCCCUCUUCUUUUUGCCAAUAAAGUUGUAAAUAAAGACCAUUGUACAUCAAACCC